AUGGAAGAGCUGGAAAGGCUUGAGGCAGUCACUUACGAUGACCAACUACAAGACCUCAAGUGUGAUGGUAUUGAAGAGGUCGUAUUGCUAAGCUACUUUCAGCUUCAGUCACGGAUGACUCAGUUGUUGACGAAAUUCGACAGCAUGCGGAUUCAUGCAGAAGAUUGGGUUGCGAAGCCGUCUUCUGGUCUCCCACCCGAGCGUGAAGCUCGACACGAAAAUGAUCGUAAACCUAGUUCAAAGCAUGUAGUGCUUCGUCAGUUACCACUGUCACGUGAUCAAAGUGAGUUUAUCGAUGAUAUUAUUGCUCAAAAGCAAGCUGCUGGUUUUGUGAGGGAUAGCAAGUGCGCGCCGAUGUUCUGCGUGCGCAAACCAAAUGGUACAAGGCGUAUCGCUCACGCCUAUAACAAGUUGAAUGCGCAGACUAUUCCCGCUCAAACGCCGAUUUCGCGUAAGGCUGUCAUCAUCCACCGUAUGUCCGGCUGUACACAGUUUAGUGCUCUAGAUUUGAUUGACGGAUACUACCAAAUCUUGGUGUGGAAGGAGGACGUCCCUUUGACAACUGUUAGUACAUCGUCUGAUAUGUUAUGGGAGUGGCUUGUGAUACCACAGGGACUAUCCAAUGCCGCAGCAACGUUGCGACGCUUCGCACAAACAUAUUUUAAUGAUAUUUUCGUUCAUUUGAAGAACGAAAAUGGCAGACUUGCCGAAGAAUAG